AAAAUAGCCAGAUCUAGCUUUAAAAUAGCUAAGAUGGCAACAGUGAUAAUUACUGCUCGUUGUUGUUAUUUUGUUAUUCGCGGAGAAGUUUAUUAACUUUUCCCUCACAUUCAUAAAAUAUCGCGACUGUUGCAAUAAUUGGCAAAUGCAUUUACAUAAUAACUGACCAGUUGUAACGAAAAUGUAACCAAUUGUUUAACGAGAGCAUGUAAAUUUGCAAAGCGUAUGGUAAAAAAAAGUAGCAAAUGACGAAGACACCACCCACAAAACAUACAAUACAAAUUCAAAACUAGCGUACUGUUUUCUCACUUAAUCAGUUCCUAUUAACCGCAAUUGGGGUGUCGUUUAACUAAAGUUGCGUAAAUUGCGCACUGAUUGUGCGUUAUUUGUGAAGUCGCCGCAAUUAACUGAAUAUUACGUGCACACAUGCAAAAACCCCACCGACGAUAGAACAAACGAUUCGACAAUAAUAACAAUUACAACAAACAGCAACAACGAGAAGAGGAACAAAUUGCAAGCAUUUGGCGCUGGGCCAUGUCAUGCGGAGAGAAUAGCGACAGCUGCCCCACAAAAGACGUUAAUAACAACGUUCACGGCUGAGGGUAAACCAACAAGAACAACAAGAACAACGAUUUUCACUGCCAGACUUGUUAAACCCCAAUCUGUCCCGUCCCGUCCCGUCCCUCCUAGCAGCAGCAGUGAAACUGUCCAAGAUGGGUGGGCAACCCACUUCUAUUAGUCACUAAAACGUGGCGUAAUAAUGUGGAUUGUGGAUUGCGGAGACGACAGCCAUCAGUUCAGCUAAGCGGCGAUGUGGCGACGAAUUGCACAACAAAGUCGAGCAACAAUAUUAAUACUGAACGUAUCAAAGUCGCAGUUGUAAUAAAAUCAAAAUUUGUUUCCUCAUUAUAUCUAACAAUAUAGUUAAGUGGUAAUGGAGAAUAUUGUUUCAUUGCAAUCGAAUUGAUUGAAGACCAAGCAACGAGUCAGACAACAAUAUGUUUAAGAUACGUCAAAGGAAUUGCAUGUUAAUUGCCACGGUGCUCAUACUUGCGCCCUGCAUUGUGAUAUUGAUGGUGUUGGGCCCAGAACUAUCCACCGAACAGUCGCUGACACAACGCCUGGCCGAGUGUCAUAUGCGGCUGCAGUACCUGGAAUCCAUGUAUCGUGCACGCCAGGAGGAUGUCUCCCUGCUCUCACAGUACUUGGGUCAGCUGCAGUAUAACAAUGGCAGCAAUGUGACCAAUGUAAGUCCACCUCCACAGUCGGUAGCUAAUUUCUUGGAUGCACUGAGUCCAGAGGCACGUCAGUUGCUUCGCAAUGCAUCGCAUGUGUCGAAAGCUGGCGGAUCUGGAGCGGCACGUGGCUUUGUGCCUGUGCAGAAUAUACGUCUACCGAAUGCCUAUCAUUUUCUGCCUCAUCUGCUCGACGAUGCGGGCUCCCUGCGUCCCGCGUAUCUGCAGAGCAAAGGACGAAGCGAUGUGAGUAUUGUCCUGGGUAUUCCAACAGUUCGACGCGAAAAGCAAUCCUAUUUGCUUGGCACACUGCACAAUCUCAUUGAGAACAUGAACGAGGAGGAGCAAAAUGAGACGCUCAUCAUUGUGUACAUUGGCGAAACGGACUUGGAUGCUGUGCAGCUGAUAGCUAAGCAAAUUGAGACGAGUUUUGAAAUGCACGUGGAGAGCGGACUUAUAGAUAUUAUUGCGCCAGCGCCCAGUUAUUAUCCAAAUUUUGAGCGACUGCGCAUCACGCUUAACGAUCCCUUGGAGCGUGUAAAAUGGCGUAGCAAGCAAAAUCUGGAUUUUGCUUAUCUUAUGGCCUACGCCCAUUCCAAGGGCACCUUCUACGUGCAGCUGGAGGAUGAUAUAUUGACCAAGCGACAGUUUAUCACCACCAUGAAGAAGUUUGCACUGAUCAAGAGUGCUUUAACGAAGCCAGAUCAGCCGGCCUGGUUUGUUUUGGACUUUUGUCAGCUUGGUUUCAUUGGCAAAAUGUUCAAGAGUGCUGAGCUACCCUAUUUGAUAACUUACUUUCAAAUGUUCUACAAUGAUAAGCCCGUUGAUUGGCUGCUCACGUACUUUAUUGAAUCGAAGGUCUGUCGAACAGAUAAGGAUCAGAAGCAUUGCAAUCUAGAGAAGGCCAAGUACUGGCAACAUUUUCGCAAAUCCCUGUUCCAGCACAUUGGCACCAGCUCCUCGCUAAAGGGUAAAGUACAAAAGCUUAAGGACAAACAGUUUGGCAACAAAGUGCCCACAUUCUUUGCACACACACACAAUCCUCCGGCUACGGUUAAAUCGAAUAUAGCGCCAUAUAAAAAUUUCGUGCUUAAGCGCGCGUAUCGCGGUGAAUCCUAUUUCUGGGGUCUCCUUCCACAGCCCGGUGAUUUGGUGCAGUUCAUCUUUGAGCAGCCAACGCUGCUGCGUCGCUAUUUGUUUCGCAGCGGCAAUUCGGAGCAUCCGUCGGAUCGUUUCUACAACACGACCGUGGAGCUGUUACCCGCCGAUAGUCUGAGCGAGAAUUCGUCCGUUUGGAGCACAUACAAUACCACAACGGAUGGGUAUCUUGUGGUGGGCGCUUUUGAUAGCCUAGGCGUGGCUGAAGGCCUGCUCGAUCCGAAGAUUGGUGCCAUCAAGGAGCUGCGUUUGCACGUGCACAGCGAUAGUGAGAACUGGGCGCUGAUUAGCGAGAUUGAGCUGCAGGAAUUGGGAAAUAAUGCCAGCAAUUCUGAAGCAAAUGCGGCUAAGCCACGUUUCGAGGCAGGCAGCUGAUUGUUGCAUCGCCAUCGGCAGCUGAAUGAUAAUUAAACUGAAGAUUAACACUCAAAUAUUGAUGUAAUUCUAUUCCCCAUAUUCUAUGUGUUUUGUAAAAUCUCUAAUUGUGUAUUCGUGUGUGCCUGUGUGGAUGUAUAACUGUGUGUAUAUUUUUUGAGCGCUACUUUUAAUGCCUACCAUCUAAAUGUGUAUAUAAUUAACCCCCCAGGUAUAUAUUUAUAAUGAUUAACUGUAUAAUGAAUAAUUGUAAUGCAAAAAGGUUUACACGUGUACCAGAUAUUACGUACAUUUUAUACAUUCAUUUGUAAAACAUCAAAAUUAAGACACAUUUUUUUUUUUGUUUCUUAGAAUUAUGUUACGUGUAAACUAUACUAAACUGCAAAGCAGCGUUUACACGUCACAGCUAUUUUGAGAAAUAUGGUAAUAAUGUUUUUAAGCAACGCCAUGAAAUUAAAGUUUUUGAAAUUAAAGUAAAUAAUUCAAUGCUAAUAUCUGUCACGUGUGAAUCGAAGCUCUAACUGGUAACUGUUUAAUGUCAUCUUUAUAGUCAUCAUGACAUCGUGAACGCAUAAAACUUGAACACGAUUCCUCAUUGUAUUCCCGCAUAUACCAAGUGCCCCCUUUCCAUAUAUACAUUUUAUACAUCAAUCUAUGUAACUGAAAGCGUUUUGUUAUCAAAUCUGUAUACACUAAUUAUGUUGUUAUCAAUUUCUCGUUAUUUUCUAUGCAUUUCUUAGUAAUAACUUUAAGUGUUAUCUUUAUUGAUUGGCCACUAUUUUGAAUCCAAACAUUCCAAUUGUUUCCUGUUGCUGAACUUUAGAUGUUUAAUGAAAACAUGUACGAGUAUUCAUACGAAUCUCAUUAAUAUUUCUGUUAUAUUCAUUUGUUUCUAUUCUUAUUGUUUACUUUUAAAUUUUAUUUGAGCUACAGUUACAUAUCAAUCGCAGCUAAUACAAGUAAACUCAAGCCAUAAAAAUCGAAUUAGUACGUAAUAAAUAAUAUUAAUAAAAUAUUCAACCUAUUCAUACUUGUAUUCAUCGUAAGGGACAUUUUUAGCAUUGUUGCUUUUUACUGUGAUUUGUUAAUAAUUUAUGCAUAAACCAUGAAAUAAUACAAAACAACUAAUACAUUAUAAUAAUGUGCGUUUUUAAUAAAUAAUAACGAAAAUUGCUGAUUAGAAAACUAAAUUUAAAAAAAAAACAAAGUUUUUUACACAAUAAAAGAAUUGUAAUUAAAUUGAUUAACAAUUGGAUUUGCCAAAUUUAUUAUAGCGAAUAAAAGAGAUUGAUAUAUGUUUACACUUUGUUCCUCU